UAUUAAAGUGAACGUUGGCAGCCCUGAGUAUGGCACUGUGGCAAACGUCAGACGAUGUCGAGUUUUGUGUUGGAAAAAUAAUUAUUUUCACGACUUUUUGUGUCUAUAAUUAUGUGAAUAAUGAGAUGAAAGUGUAGAUAAAUGUUAUACUAGUGUUGUGUAGUGAUUAUGGCGCAUAGUGGUGGUGUUUUGAGUUCGGAUAUAUCGCGAAGAAAUCCUCAAGAUGAAUACGAGUUGGUCCAGAGAAUCGGUUCGGGCACAUACGGAGAUGUAUACAAGGCGAAAAGGCUCAACGGCAACGGCGAGCUUGCCGCCAUCAAGGUGAUAAAGCUGGAGCCCGGCGAUGACUUUGCCAUCAUCCAGCAGGAGAUACUUAUGAUGAAGGACUGCCGGCAUCCGAACAUCGUCGCGUACUACGGCUCGUAUCUGAGAAGGGAUAAGCUGUGGAUAUCCAUGGAGUAUUGCGGCGGGGGGAGCUUGCAGGACAUAUACCACGUGACCGGGCCGCUGUCCGAGCUGCAGAUAGCGUACAUGUGCCGCGAGACGCUCACCGGGCUGUCUUAUCUGCACGGGAUGGGCAAGAUGCACCGCGAUAUAAAAGGCGCCAACAUACUGCUCACAGAGUGCGGUGACGUCAAACUGGCGGACUUCGGCGUGUCCGCUCAGAUCACGGCCACCAUCAACAAGCGCAAGUCGUUCAUAGGCACGCCGUACUGGAUGGCGCCGGAGGUGGCAGCGGUGGAGAGGAAGGGAGGCUACAAUCAACUCUGUGAUAUAUGGGCGUGCGGUAUCACGGCCAUUGAGCUGGCCGAACUGCAGCCGCCCAUGUUCGAGCUGCACCCGAUGCGUGUGCUGUUCCUGAUGUCCAAGUCGGGAUUCAAACCCCCGCAGCUCCGCGAGCGGGAGCGCUGGUCGCAGCUGUUCCACGCGUUCCUGAAGCUGGCGCUCACCAAGAACCCGAAGAAACGACCCACCGCGCAGAAGUUGUUGCAGCAUCCGUUCUUCCAGCAGGAGAUGAGCAAGCGGCUCGCCAUCGAGCUGCUGCAGAAGUACUCCAACCCGCCCACGCAUUGCAACCAGGAACCCGACGAGGACGGCGGUAUCUCGACGGUGCCGCAGCGCAUCGCCUCGCGGCUCACGGGACGCGCGCGCCGGCACAACGAACACAACCAGCGACCGCGCAGCCUACUGACGGAGCACACGACCCCCCGGUCGUCGCUGGCGGACCCCCCACCACGGUCGGGCGUGUACGACGACUCGCCCAUAGUGGACCUCGACGCCGACGACCCCCUGCACGCGUCCAUGCCCAAACUGCUCAGCUUCAACGACAAUUGUACAGGCGAUACUAUCAAGAGGAAUGGUGAGGCAUUAUUUCAUCGACAAACAAGCGAAGACUGGAGUGUGGCUUCGAUAAUGAGUUGUCCGAAACACAACCCGAUAUCUCAAGACACGUCUUCAGACACGAUGCCGACGAGCGAGAACAAGUGGUGUCGGGUGAUCACUGGUGAUGAUAUUAUGAAAAUGAGUUUAAGGAGCCUCUUGCAAUAUAUUGACGAAGAGUUAAUGCUGAGGGCAACACUACCGUUAACGGCGGACACGACGUCGAUGGCGCAGGCUAGCAACACUGGCUUGUCUAUGCACGACCAACACCUAUCACAAUGUAUACAGUUAAAGCAGAACUACUUAAACAAUUCAAACACGAAUAUUUAUCAGAAUUUAGCGUCGAAUUUCCAAAGUCCAAUAGGUGCGUCUAGGGUGUCUAUAGACGACCCCCUAUGUAGAAAGAUUGAUGAUAUAAUGUACGUGGACCAGCAGGAUAGUGAUGCUGUGGUCCCGUCCCCUCAAAUAAGGAACAGCAAUUGCGAAUGUGGGCUGUGUCCGAAACCGGAAGCGAAGGACAACAACACACUAAGCGAUUUGCAAAGGAGCGUCGCGAUAUGCUCCUGCGACGCUUGCAACUCCAACGGGGACAUACUGAACUAUUACAGGAAUUGUCCAAACCAAAAUCCCGACUCGGGUAUAGUGUAUUGUGAAACUUGUAAGAAGCAGAAAAUAGCCGUGUCUAACUUCAGAGCGUUGCAAAUAGCGAACCGGUUGCGGAUAGCGGACGACAAAAUUCAAAAUGGCGGCACUUCCGACGAGGAUCUGUGUAGGAAAAUAGACAUGAGUAUGAACAUGGAUGAUAAGUAUGAGAAGCGGAAACCGCGUCACAACACGGAUACAGCUGCGGGCAUAGACUUGAAUCAGUUCUGUCAGUGUGAGUUCGAAGGGAAACGGAAGACGUCCUCUGUGGACGAGAUAUUUAAGAUGGUGGAUGAGAAUGGGAGGGAUGUUAAGGAUCUGUCUGAAGAGGAGGUCAAAGUUAGUCAGAGGCAACGGAGUCUGUCAGACAGCCAGCGGGAUAAGGCAAAAGUUGAGAAUAAAGCGGUGGGAGUGGCGGUGGCCCCGGGCGCGGGCGCGGGCGCGGGCGUGGUCCCCCCGGUGCCGCCGGUGCCCCCGCGGCGGUCCCGCGCGCGCCGCCACACGCCGCCGCGCCCCGCGCCCAACGGACUGCCGCCCACGCCCAAGGUGCACAUGGGCGCAUGCUUCUCCAAGGUGUUCAACGGUUGCCCGCUGCGGAUAAACUGCACAGCAUCCUGGAUACAUCCGGACACGCGGGACCAGCACAUACUUAUAGGCGCGGAGGAGGGCAUCUACACCCUGAACCUGAACGAGCUGCACGAGACGGCGAUGGACCAGCUGUACCCGCGCCGCACCAUCUGGAUGCACGUCAUCAAGGACGUGCUCAUGUCGCUCUCCGGUAAAACGCCGUCCCUGUACCGACACGAGCUGCUAGCCCUCAUCGGCAGCGCGCGAGGAGGCAAGUCGCUGAGGGUGCUCCCUCCCAGACUGCUGCCCCGGAGGUUCGCGCUCACCACCAGAGUGCCCGACACUAGAGGUUGCACUCGGUGCGCGGUGGCGCGCAGUCCGUACAACGGCUACAAGUACCUGUGCGGCGCGACGCCCGCCGGCCUGUUCCUCAUGCAGUGGUACGACCCGCUCAGGAAGUUCAUGCUGUUGAAGAACAUAGAGUGCACGAUCCCGUCGCCGCUGCUCGCGUUCGAGCUGAUCAUCACGCCGGAGCUGGAGUACCCGCUGCUGUGCGUGGGCGCAACACGGAAACCGAUGAGGCUCAACCUCAUCAACAUUAAUUCCGGCGCGACGUGGUUCCACUCGGACGAGCUGGAGGCAUGUGUGGGCGGCUCCAACACCGUGAUCCCGCGCCCCGAGCGUCUGCACACGCUGCGUGCUGUACACCAGCUCAACAAGGACGCCGUGUUGGUGUGUCACGACAACGUGGUGGACAUAAUCCCGGUGCUGCCGGCGGCGCUGGAGGCGGCGCGCUGGCGCGACGACGAGCGGCGCCGCGGGAAGCUGCUGUCGCGCAUCGAGUUCAACUUCAACAUCGACAGCAUACUGUGCCUGGCGGACUCGGUGCUGGCGUUCCAUCGGCACGGCGUGCAGGGCCGCUCGCUGCGGAACGCGGACGUCACGCAGGAGAUCACCGACCACUCCCGCGCCUACCGACUGCUGCCGCACGACAAGGUCGUAGUCCUGGAGUCGCACAUAUUGCACAACAACACACUAUCCAGUGACGAUGGAAACGAUCUAUACAUCCUCGCGGGACACGAGGCUUCAUAUUAAUUAACGAAUUGUGAGGCUCUCGAACUAUACAGGACUCCUGGACUAUGCGUAUGCGGUGGGCUCUCGAGCUAUACCGACUCCUGGACUAAGCAGAUAACGAAGUUGGGUUCUCGUAUAAUGGACCUUAGGUUAUGUGGAUGUGAGUUGGCUCUCGGACUAUAUCAGACUCCUAAAUUAUUAACUAUGGAGGUGGCCGAGGUAUAGCGAACUCUUAGACUAUACAGACAAUGAAGAUGGGCUCUCGGACUACAUCGGACUCCUAAACUAUGCGGAUAAUGGUGCGCUCGCGUAUUUAUACUUCACUCCUAGACUAUGGAGACGAUGAAAGUGAGGUAUAGGGUAUCAAAAUUAUUGUAAAGGGUUAGGGAGGGGAUAAUAUUGAGUGAAAUUUAUCGAUAUUUUGUUAUAAUAUUUCGAUUAUCAUUUUUAUAUCGACGGUUAAAAGGCUAAUUGACUUAACGUCAUUUUUUCCAACACUAAGUUUCAUACUUAUUUAAAAUCAGCACUAUUUUUGUUUUUUUUUUAACCUAGUUAAUUUUAUUCGUAAAAAAUCUCGCUUAAGUAAAUUAGCCCUUAAACAGUCGAUAAGUUAUCGCACCACAGUUAUAAACAAUUAAUAUUCCCCAACACUCCAACACUAUUGAUUGGUGUCAUACUGUCAUGACAUACAGGAGCCGCACACGGGUAGAACAGCACAACAGUCACAUUUAUUUUCCGAACUAUAUACAUCGAUAUAAAAUGCCAUAGCUACUCGAUUUAUGUUGAAACUUACUAACACAAAAUAAACCUGUCACAGCGCAAACACUAAGAAUAGAAAGAUACGGAAUUAAUAUUUAAAUUAUACCUUACAUUUAACCAUUAUUAAAAGAUUUGUCAAAAAAGUAAAAUUAUCAUAUUGUCGAAUUAAAUUAGUUAUCGGUUUAUGUAAUAGUUUAAAUGUAAGUUUCGAUUAUUUUGAUUCGUAAGUUUUUAUCUACCUUUACUCGAUAUGAAAUGAUGGAUAUUUAUUUCUCUCCGUGGAGGUUUGUUUCGGUCGAACACAACAAAAUGUUAUUUUAUGCGAGUAAAGUACGAUUAUAGUCUUUCCGUACAUAUAUAUAAGGCAUCGUUCGAAAUUAACAUUUCGCGAUUAUAUGCUCAAACAAUUUAUUUAUCGAUAUUACGCAGUAAAAAAUCGUCUGUUUAUUCACAAGUUCGGACGAUCAAUGUAAUCCGAGCGAUUUCUAUUACGAUGACGUUAAGUGAUCGAUUUAAUAAUCGAUUAUAAAGUCACAUUAAUACGCUGAAGUCAUGGUAAUGCCAAACUUAGGGCCGAGUUAUUAAAAGUCAUUUUCACUCUCAAGUGCGAGGUCAGCUGAAACGCUGUCGAUCAAAAAACCCCUUUAUAGUCGCUGUUUAAUAAACCCAAAUUAAUAUCACCUCAAAUGUCAUUCAAAUCAAUAUGUGAUGGAUUUUGAUAGGUUGUUUAUGUAAAAGCGGUUACUCAGGUGAGCACACGCUCUUAAAUGACUUAAAAUUGCUUUAUUAAGUAGUUCAAUACAUUAACAGUCUUACUUAUAAUAUUUUCGCAAAGCUAUGCUUAGUUAAAACACAAAUUUACUCGAUCAGCUGUAAGUCAAAACCGGCCAUCUUGCGUCUUAAUAAGGUUUAAACUAGGAACCGGUGAUGUUUUUGACAGCUAUUUAAGCAAUUCUUAACCACCUCUUAACCAUAAAACAAGUUUAUAAGUAAGACUGUAUAUGUCUACUUAAAUGAUUACUUCAAUGUGAGAUUCAGUUAUUCAUAUGUCCCUUAGACUAUAAAUGGUCGCUUAGCUGUCAAAGAUGUGCGAUGUUGCCUAGAAAUGCAUUAGGAAAAUUCUAGCGGAAUUUCGGCUACAGAAGCCAAUCUCAACGGAGAUCAACCACACAAGAUAGAGUCCACAAAUGUGUACGGAAUUCACAAAUGCACUCUCUGUUCCUUUACUUUCAUAGUCUGAUCGGCAAUCAGACUUGACUGCAAACCACCAAUAGUCUUAUCCGCUUCCAACAGGCCGACAUAAUUGUGUCGACUGCCUGAGGGUAAUCAUCGUCAGUCCCACUACAUUUACCAUUAGGUGUAUUAGGGUCACUUUGACGUGCUCCUAUAAAAAUGUAUCAGUUUAUGUUCCCAUCCUGACCAAUCGAUUCAAUAAACGAUUCCAAUCGAUUUGUUCCACCCAUCGCGAAAAUGGAUCAAUCAGAAUAGUUUUUUCGACAUGCUUACAAAUGAAUAAUAUGGUUUACUUUGGGGUGAAUCAGAUUUUUUUUAACAUGCUUAUUAACUAAUUUUAAUUGGUUUAUCUCGAGAUCGGCGAUUAUAAUCGGAAUCGAUUAUUGCAAUCUGUUAUUCCUAUAUGACGGCAGAAAUGUGUACUUUAUGUUCGCAGCCUCGCAUGGCUUGCUACCUGGCACAUCUUGGAAUGCAGUCUUACUCGUAUGAGACGUAAAUGCUAAGGCCCGUAUUCAUAAACGUUAUUUAUCUAUAGACGGAGCAUUACUGUGAUAACAAAUCUGUUUCUCAUCUUUGUUUAUCUGACGGCUUGCUGUUUGUUCAGCUUCGUUUAUCUGAAAGCCAACUAGAUUAAAGUUGUAUCUCGAUAUUAACCAAUCACAACGGCCGUAUGUCUACGCACUGCGAAGGCUGCCAUGCCGUCAGCACUGAGAAACAGUGUUAUCACAGUAAUGUUCCGUCCUUAGAUAAAUAACGUUUAUGAAUAAGUGGGUAAGAUUUCAAAUAUAUCCUGAGAGCUAUUUAGAGCAUUCCUGAGCCUAUUUGUUGUUUCAAAAACAGACUAUAAAACAAUGGUAUUCAAGACAAAUAAGUAAAUAUAAAAUAUCCCAUAUAUUUAUGUAACAUAGUAUUUAUAUAAAUAUAGUAUCCAUAUGAUUUUGAUAGCCUUUAGCAGUUCCAUAAAAUAUUGUGUUUUUACUUUGAAUUGAAUAGAGCUUUGAGCCCUAGUUCAAAAAACGAUUAUUUCCUGUAUCAUUAGGAUGGGUCAUUAAUUUAUAAAACAUGUAAAAUAUGAUCUCAUUUAUGGAAUUACAAGAGCUGUUCAAUUCUAAAGAUUAGAAAUAUUUACCUUGAUUUACGAUAUAUUAUCAAUAAAAAAAACAAUGAAUUAAAUCGCAAGUUUUUAACAUUUAGGCAACCCAUACAUAUAUUGAAUAAAAAUACAUAAAAUUUAUAUGCCAUUUUGUCACUGAAACGGAACUAUCUUAUAUUUCCUUAUAAUCUUAUAUACAAUUGAUCUAACUGUAUAAUUUUCAAGGCAUGCACUAGACUUAUACAUAAACUCAAUCGAUAAAUGAAACCAUAAUCGCAUGUAUCGAUUAGGAAUCCAAAUAGAGUUUAUCGAUUUAAUAACGCAAUGUGUCCCAAUCGAUAUUUAGUGUCAAUGAGAACCCUUUCGCACAAAUCGGACUCAAACGUCCAGCUAACACCAAAUAUAAUCACUGCCAUUUAUGUCCAUUCCCAAUUAUCCAAAGCAAUAAUACUACAGCGAAUACGUUAGAUAUAUCGAUGUUUUAAUUAUAUUUUCGAUGGUUAUUCUCUAUGGGCUGUAGAAGAACAGUGGACAAGUAUCGAUAACUGCUCCAUAUCGAACGAUAAAGUCACAGAAACUUAUCGACUUUUGGUUUUCGGGCUUGAAAUAUUCGACGUGAAUGUAAAGCAAUUGAAUAAUAGUUCAUGUUAGAAUUUCUCUAAACGUUGCCUGAAAAAAUUGUUAUAUUAUUUCAGCACUCUUUGUAUUAAAAAAUUGUGCUAUUGUAAUUGAAAAAGCACAGUGACAAGUCGAUGGCCCACAGAGUUUAACCAGCACAGUUACAUAUCGCCAUUAAGUAUCGGAACAAUGGCGAUUUGAGCACAAGAAGCAUUCAUAUAGACUUAAAAUUAUAUUAUCCUCGUAAAUGUCAAGAUUAUAUCGAUUACCAAAUUAAUCGAUUAUAAUCGAUCGUGAAUAUCGAUUAAUCGUGUUUUUUUCGUAAUGUAGAUGCUUAGAUAUAUUGGAUAUGAUAGUUAUAAAUUAUCAAAAUCGAUGGAAAGAUGUUAUAUAUACGGCGAAAGUGAGAAAAUAACGAUUUUCUUGCAGAUAUAAGUGUUGAAACAAACAUUUAGCAAUGAACAAUUCUUUGCGAGGGCUCGAUUCAUCAUAAUCGGUGAUGGAUUCGAAGAAUAUUAUUUUAACAUGAUUUUAUACUAAAACUUUGCAAAUAGUAAAAGUAACUAGCAACACUACAACUUUAAUCUGUUGCCAGUAACUUCCUACUAUUUCGGUGAGAUUUCAUGGUAUUACAAUGUAUUUAAAUAAAUAUUUAUUGUAUAAUCAAUUAAAAUUAUAUAAACCAAAUGUGAUUUGAAUUUGGUUCGAAUGAUAUGCGUAAAUUAACAUAUUGAAAAAAAAAUAUUGUAACGUUAAAAAGACAUUUUUCUAUAGAGAAUAGAUAUUGACAUUGUAAACGCAAAUGCUUAUGUAAUAUUUCAUUUUAAUUCUAUUAUAUUUUUUUUGUACAUAAUUAAAAAUAUUCCAGUUAGGUUUUAGUCAAUUGUAUUAUAUCACUAGCUAUAGCUGUAAUUUUAAAAUGUAUUUAAUAUUUUUUUUAAUAUGUCAACCUCAUUACUUUCGGAGAGUUAGAGUUUUUUCGACUGGCAAUGUUAAGCGAUUUAUUUUUCACGCUGGCAAGUGAGAGUGUGAGGAAUAUUUUUUUUAAUGUUAUUUAUCAAUCAUUUGUGCAGUGUCCCAUAUCCAGUGUGUAAUUUAUAACAAUAAUGGCUGUUGAGGCGAGAUUAUUAAAAAUAUUUUUUUUUUUACAAAAAUACAUGCAUUUUAAAGUUUUUAAUUGGCAACACUUGAAAAAUAUGCCGGUAAUAAAUAAUACGAAUACGCUUGUUAAAGUUGUGAUUUGCAACUAAUAAUGUAACUUGUAUAGUGUUUCGCGACCAUCACCGCUUCUUAAUAAACCCUUUUAUUUACAAUCCUAAAUAAAAGUUUAUUUUGUACAA